AUGGAAUUCAGCAGCCUCAAAGGACAGAGGUGGAAUGCGCACGAUGAAGCUGAGGCGAGAGCUGCUGCUGCCUCUGCAGAAAUGGACGACUCAGCCUCGCAAACUCGACCUUCUUCGUCUAAGCCUCGUCGAACAAGGACUUCGCCUGCUAACCACAGCAACAGCAGAUCCGAACAGACCACACCAGCCCAAGAUCCACUUGUCGCCUCACCAACUGCAGAGACGCCAUUCGGACAAGCAAUGGCCAACCCUGACGCAGCGUCCGCUGCUGCCGACGAACCCCAUUCACAGCCGCUUGAAGACGGAUCACUCCCACAACCUGGUUUUGGCUCAGCAGAACACACCGCUUUCUCGUCGGACUCUGUCUACAGGCCUGACAGCCCAGAAGAUGCUGCAGAACAGCCGAUGAAACCACACAACCUCUUGAGAGCCACUCAGUUAAUUCAAGCUGGCGGCGACCCGCUCUCGCCCUUCGCACCAGCUCCCAUCCUUCGACUCAACGCGAUCCGUAUCGCAGGUGCAAAUCGCGCACUUCGACCAAGCUACCUCGCCUCCCUCUGCCGACCCUAUAUGGACCCGACACUCUCAACACAGAAUCUAGACGCCAGCUACCUCAACACCCUUUACUACGGCUCACGCACAUCUCACGUCCUCCCCGGCCAACCUACCACUCUACCUUCCAUCCUUGCUCUCACCUCCUCCCUCGCUGGUGACCUAGACAAGCUCGACGUAUUUCGCAACAUCGAAGCCUCCCUUGCACCAUCCAUGUUCCCUGGCGCCAGUGAAGAAGACGUCGAUGUGAUUCUGUCUUGCGGAAAACCCAAGGGACGAGUCUUUUUGAAGUCGUCAACAGAUGUCGGCAAUGGCGAAGGCUCAGCCUCAGUCCAGGGUCGCAUUCGUAACGUCUUUGGCGGUGCAGAAACGCUGCAAGGCUCAGCUACAUUUGGAACGAGGACUAAGCAAGCUUUCAACCUCGAAUUCGGCGGUCCAUUUGCGGGCAAUCCAGAUAUCGAGUACAAACUUUCUGCUUUCUCUCACGAUAGAGACUAUUCUGCUUUUGCUUCGGUGUCAGAGGGCGUGAAAGGUGUACGUGCUAGUAUUAAUUCGAGCUUUACUUCUGAGCCGAAAGGAGUCAUCAACCCGAGCGAGGAGGAUGAAGGGCAAACAGCAUCGACGAGCCAGCACGAGCUGGCAUACGAAGCAUCGUUGCGAGAGCUAGGCAGAGUGAUGGCGGACGCAAGUGUAGCGGUCAGGAAAAUGGCUGCUGCGCCAAGCGUCAAGUCUGCAGUCAGCUGGACUUGGUUGAGUGAGAACAGGGAUAGUCCCGUGCUGCCCAGUCGCGGGAGAAAAUUGAAGAGUGUCUUGGAGUAUGCUGGGUUGGGAGGGGAUGCGAAACAUGUCAAGGUUGAAGUCGAGGGGACGACCGGUCGACACUUUUCUCCUCCCUUGGAAUGGCUGUUCCCUUCUUCAUCUACAACCUCUGCGUCGUCUCCAUCGCCCUUCCUCGAAGAAGCGAAGGAAACAUCAACCCUUCCUUCAACUACAGACGCGACCCCGGCCCUCUUCUCACCAUACUAUCCACUCUACACAUCCCUAACUUUCCGAUCUGGCCUCCUCUAUUCCCUCGGCUCCUCCUCCUGCUCGUACACUCAUUUCUCAGACCGCUUCCAACUCGGUGGUCCAACAUGCCUCCGCAUGUUCCGCCACUCCUCCCUCGGCCCCAAAUCCGACCACUCCUCUCUAGGAGGAGACGCAUUCUACUCCCUUGGUCUAUCCUGUCUCUCCCCUAUCCCUACCAAACCACACUGGCCUUUGAUGCUACAUACAUUCAUCAACGCCGGUCAACUAUGCCAGCUUCCCACACAACCUUGGAAAGAUCAAGGCAAAUAUUGGGGAGCGUUGAAAGAGUUAGCUCAACCAAGCAGUAGUGUCGGUGUUGGACUGGUGUACAUGCAGGGACAAUUGCGGGUUGAAUUGAACGCAGGUGUGCCCUUGAGUGCGAGGAAGGGCGAUGGGGUUAGGAAAGGGUUGCAGCUUGGAAUUGGAAUCGACUUUCUCUAA